AUGAAAGUCGUGGCGCAGCUGCUAGCCCUCAGCUACGGCUUUGUCGCCCUCGCUGCGUCUGCAGCAGACAAACCCCAUGUGCCGCUCAGUUCGUCAAGUCGCUGGAUCCUCGACUCGACCGGAAGGCGAGUCAAGUUACGCUGCAUCAACUGGGCCGGUCACCUGGAGGUCAACGUCCCCGAGGGUCUGAACAAGAAACCUGUCGAGCACAUCGCCACGUGGAUUGCUAGCCAGAGCUACAACUGCGUACGCCUGACCUACUCCAUCGACAUGGCACUCAACCCGGCCCUCAAAGUCCAAGACUCGUUCCGCGCAGCAGCCGCCGCAGCGGGCGUCCCGGAAGCCGACAUGAUGCGCUUAUAUACGGCGGCCGUCGAGGAAAAUCCCUUCCUAUCCAGCGCCACCGUCCUCGACGUCUUUGACAGAGUGCAAUCUGCUCUCUGGGAUCGUGGCGUCAUAACCAUCCUUGAUAACCAUGUCAGCAAGGCAAGUUGGUGUUGCGACUUGUCCGACGGAAACGGGUGGUGGAACGACGCAAAGUACUACAUGGCAGCGACAAGUCGAUACUUUGAUACGCAGAAAUGGAUCGACGGCCUCGAAGCCAUGGCUCACUGGAGCGCUUCUCGCCCUGGCAUCGUCGGCAUGUCUCUCCGCAACGAGCUGCGCGCGCACAUCACACAGAUACCCUGGGCGCCCAGCACCUGGCUCGAGUACAUGGCUCGCGCAGGAAACGUUGUGCACGCCCAAAACCCCCGGCUUCUCGUCAUCGUCGGCGGCAUCAACGGCGGCACAGACCUCUCGCCCCUGCGCAAAGACGUCAUGAAUCUCGGAAACUGGACCGACAAGCGUGUCUGGGAAGCCCACGCCUACAGCUUCACAGUCAUGACGCCCAGUCUUGGAAGCUGUGCCAUUCGCCGAGCCGAAUUCGGCGGCUUGUUCGGAUUCGUGCUCGAGCAGAACAAGGCCAGCACCGGUCCCUUGUUCCUCUCCGAGUUUGGUGUCGGCAUGACUGGCGGACCGCACGAUGGCCUCGACGACAAGGACCACGCCUAUCUCACGUGUCUGGUAGGGUAUAUGGAGAACAACGACGCGGACUGGGCUCACUGGGCUGUGCAAGGGUCGUACUAUGUCCGUGAUAAGACGGUCGACCGUGACGAGACGUGGGGCGCGUUGGACUACGAGUGGUCGGACUGGAGAAACCCCAAGUUCAAGGGGAUGCUGGGCAGCAUGUUUGCCGUCACGCAAGGGCCGUAA